GUAGUUAUAUUUGGAGUCUUUCUAAAUUCAAAAUUUAGCGUAUUUUAUAAUCACCUUUCAAGUUCAAGUCGUGAAGUUGUUAUGAUGUCAAUGUAAAAUUAACAAUAUUUUUUAUUUGAAAUGCGGCGAAUACCCAAGUUACGUUUGGACAUUCUCAAAUACUACAACCAUGCAUCAUUCUCUAGCAAACAUCCAACCAGGGAGUUUGUCCCUAAUUUGCCCGACUUAACGGCUGCGCCUCCCGCCAAAGCCGAGCCCCGGACCAAACCUGCGGCAGCGACAAAAAAAAUAAAACCCGAGGCGAAAACACCAGCUGCAAAGGUGCCCGAGAAACUGCAGAAGAAGCCACCAAAGUCGCCGUUGAAAAAGGCUAGUUCUAGUUUGGGAGACGUGGGCGUUAUCAGCGGACAUAUCAACCGCGUUUAUAUGAAGGAGAAUGAAGAUAGACCCAAAGCAUACGUAAGUCCGCUGCAGCAACCAGAAGGGAAUGUGCCAAAAUCUAAUCUUGAUAUAGCAGAAAUAUCCCCUUUGAUAGACCCUGAAGGUAUCAGUCGGGUUCAAACAUCAGUAAAUAUAACUUCUGCCGAAAUCAAUGACAAACACGAUGCUGGAGUAACGAAAAUCAACAAUGGUGUCAAUAGAGAGAAAUAUGAAAGCGAAAGAGUUUCCGACAAUGCUGGUGCGAAUCCAGUAACACAAAUUAAAGAUCCGAUUUUAUGUCGUUUACCGCCUGAUGUAACGAAUAUCACCCCAGGGUGUACAGUUGACACUCCAGUUACUGAUGGGAUUGCUCCAGCUGUAUCGACAGAAGAUAACACCAAGAAAGUGCCGUUUCCUAAAGCUUAUGUCGAGCCGAAAAAAAAGUCUGAUGGCGAUGGAGAAGAAGCGAUCCCGAUGAGUUUGUCGAAAAUGUCUUCUGGGCCGAAAUUAGGCGCUUGCGUGCAUAUAGGACCCCCUGCCGCAAUGUUUUCUACAAGCGCCGUAUGGUCUAAGAAAAAAGGUGGUGAAGGGGGUGGAGGAGGUGGGGGCGGUGGGGGAGGCGGAGGUGGUGGUGGUACUCCCCCCAAAUCUGCCAGCGCGGGCGCCGAGGGCAAGAUUAUUGCUGUUAUCGGCGCCGUAGUGGAUGUCCAGUUCGACACUCACCUGCCCCUCAUUCUGAAUGCCCUUGAGGUGCCUGGACGAACGCCGCGUCUGAUCCUGGAAGUGGCGCAACAUCUCGGCGAGAGCACGUGCCGCACGAUCGCCAUGGACGGCACGGAGGGGCUCGUGCGCGGGCAGAAGAUCGUGGACACGGGCGCCCCCAUCACCAUACCCGUGGGCGAGCCCACGCUCGGACGGAUCAUCAACGUGAUCGGGGAGCCGAUUGACGAACGCGGCCCAAUAAACACGGACAAAUUCGCGCCAAUACACGCUGACGCGCCGCCAUUUGUCGAGAUGUCUGUGGAGCAAGAGAUUCUGGCCACGGGCAUCAAGGUCGUCGACCUUCUUGCUCCUUACGUGAAAGGUGGUAAAAUUGGAUUGUUUGGUGGGGCGGGCGUCGGGAAGACUGUGCUCAUUAUGGAGCUGAUCAAUAACGUCGCCAAGGCGCAUGGUGGCUUCUCGGUGUUUGCCGGCGUGGGUGAGAGGACGCGCGAGGGUAACGAUUUAUACCACGAGAUGAAAGUGGGAGGAGUCAUCACUGAUGAUUACAAGACAUCGAAGGUGGCGCUAGUGUACGGUCAGAUGAACGAGCCGCCCGGCGCACGCGCACGCGUGGCUCUGACGGGGCUGACGCUGGCCGAGCAUUUCCGAGACAAAGAGGGACAGGACGUGCUGUUGUUUGUUGAUAACAUCUUCCGUUUCACGCAGGCGGGCUCUGAGGUAUCAGCGUUGCUGGGCCGCAUCCCGUCCGCGGUGGGGUACCAGCCCACGCUGGCCACCGACAUGGGGACUAUGCAGGAGCGGAUCACGACCACCAAGGCCGGCUCCAUCACCAGCGUGCAGGCGGUAUACGUACCAGCGGACGACCUAACCGAUCCGGCUCCGGCCACGACCUUCGCCCAUUUGGACGCGACCACGGUGCUGUCGCGCGCCAUCGCCGAACUGGGCGUGUACCCAGCAGUAGACCCCCUCGACUCCACUUCCCGUGUGAUGGACCCCAACAUCAUUGGCGCUGAACAUUACGGCGUGGCCAGAGGCGUGCAGAAGAUUCUACAGGAUUACAAGUCCUUGCAGGACAUUAUCGCCAUCUUGGGCAUGGACGAGCUGUCUGAAGACGACAAACUAACCGUGGCUCGAGCGAGGAAGAUUCAAAGAUUUCUCUCUCAACCCUUUCAGGUAGCAGAGGUGUUUACAGGACACAUCGGGAAGCUAGUCAAGCUUGAGGAGACGAUCAAGGGAUUCAAAAGGAUAUUGGGAGGAGAAUUGGACCACAUUCCUGAGGCUGCCUUCUACAUGGUGGGCACCAUCGAAGACGUAGUCGCUAAGGCGCAGGAUCUUGCCAAGAGCGUCUAGAUAAACCGCUUUUAUUCUAGUCUGUAUUGAUUUUUAUGCCUAUUUAUUUUCUGCCAAUAAAAUUGUCUAUUUUAUA